AUGAGCAAGAGGGAAGCCUGCCCCCAAGGCAAACCCUGUCCCGCACACAUCUCCCAUCCUCUGUCUGCUGUAAUUCAUUGCCCGGCACAACCCCCGGUCCCUACUCCUGUCCUACCAAAAGCAAUCCCUCCAAAAACUGUGACACUAAGGCCUGUAAGAGGAGCUAAAAGACGUAUCCCAGAGGGUAGACCUACAUCAGAUGACAAGAAUGAUGGUGAAGACAAAGAUGAUGUAUCAUCGGAAGGAAGAGGUGUCGUGGAGAAUGGAAUUGAGUUUGCCACGGGAAAAUUUCCAAGUCAUCAUUUACCGGAACUCCUAACUGUAAUGUUCCUGGUCCACCGGAGGAAGGUGGAAGAGCAAGCUUGUAGAAAGGUAGAGAAGGUUAAUGAAUGGGAGUGUCAUGAUAACCCACAUGCUAAAGGAGGUCAGAGGCAGGAUCAGGUUCAAGUGUUGUCAAAAGUGGGAGUAAAACCAAGGAAGAAAACCAUUCAAGUUAUUCCAGCAAUGCAGACAACAGAGGUGGGUUCCAAGGCAGACAGGGAAGGAAUAGAGGCCAAUGCUACAGUGGACCCUCCCAUCAUUCAGACUAAAACAGGGAGGACAAUAGAUGGUCAUGUGGGUGACACUUGCGCAGAAGCAAUAGGUGGUCACCAAGUGGCCAAGACAAAUGUUUGUGAUACCCAGCCAGGAAAAGUGACAGUUGGAACCAAUCCCCAAGACGUAAUGAUUUGUAUGCUAGGUGUAGUGACUAUAGAAUCCAAUCAGCGUGCAGUCAAGCCAAGCCAAAAGACACAACAAAUACCUCCAAGAGGAAGUAUGAAGAGAAAGAAGUAUGCAAGCUCAGAUGAUGAAACUGGUGACUCGGAUGAUAGUGAGAAACCUCCAGAAGUGUUAUCAGAAGGGGAAUAA